AUGGGACAGGCACCGCCAAAGGCAAGUGCUGGAUCACAAUGCUCUAUUUGUAAUAAAGGAACAGUCGUGUACAACUGUGGAGGCUGUUCUAAAGAUUUUUGUUACAAUCAUUUAGAAGAACAUCGUCAAACACUCAGACAGCAAUGCAGUGACAUUAAAAAGGAUUGCGAUAAAUUUCAUCGACAACUUGUUGAACAAAAGAAAGAGUCAAGAAAACCCCCAUUUAUACGGGAAGUGAACCUUUGGGAGCAAGAGUCGAUUCAGAAAAUUAGCCAAACAGCAGAAGAAUGUAGACAAAUAUUGACUAAACAGCAUAUGCGGCAUUUUACUGAAAUGGAAGAUAGAUUAUCUCAACUAACUGAAGAAUUAAAGAAAAUUCAACAAGAAAAUGAAUUUAAUGAAAUCAAUAUAGAUCGAAUCAAAACACAAUUAACGAAACUAACCGGAGAACUUAGCGAAUUACCAAAUGUAAGAAUUCAAAAAGAGAACACACUGUUUAUUGAAAAAUUUUCAGUUGUUGUUUCGCCCGAAACUCAUCAAGAAAAGAAAUUAUAUCAAACAAAUUUAAACAAAAAUCAAGUUAAGUUAACAGAAGACUUUAAUCAAUCUCCAAACACUUCAGCUCCUAUUGAUUCUGAUUCUGUAUCUUUUGAACAUGACACUAGUAGCAAGGCUGAUCAAACACAUCAAGAAUUUUCUAAUCUAAGAGAUGAACCUGAUGGAGUUGAUAACGAAAGCCAGGUUACUUUAAGUUCAAAUGUUGAGAAUCAUGGUAUUGAAUUGUUGUCGUCAAAUAAUGACGAUACUGCGUCAAUAUCUGUAAGAUUUCGUGACCCAACAAAUCAACAUGCAAAUGAUGAUAACAAGGACACAAGAGCAAGUGACAGAGUUUUCAGGAACGAUGUGGAAAGUAAAACAACUGAGAACAAUGAUUCUUAUGGAUCUAUAACAAGCAGUACCGUGCUGAACUCAACAAUCUCUACUGGUAUUAACACAAGUUAUAGAAUGCCUCAAGGUAAACAAAAAAAUCGUUAUGAUCUACCUAGAAAAAUGAAUCGUUUAUUACAGAUGGUCAAGUCUUUGGAAGAACUUCAAAUAUGUUCAAAUGAUUAUACAAAAAUUUCAUCUGAUUAUGGUUUUCAACAUGAAAGUCUUAAACGUCUUUAUAUAUCAAAUAAUAACAUAACCGAAUGGCAAUCAAUAUGUCGUCUUGGUCGUUUAUUUUCACGUUUAGAAACUCUAAUAGCAAGUGAUAAUCCUUUAGAAAGUUUUCGUUCGGAUGAAGAUGUUAAUAUAUGUUUCUCACAUUUACAUACACUUAGUGUUGAUAAGGUUGAAAUAUCUGAAUGGGAUGAUAUUGUUGCAUUAACAAAAUUACCUCGUUUAAAUGCUGUACGUAUUCAGUUAACACCACUGCUUAAGCCUUAUCAAAAAGAUGAACGAUUUUUUCUAUUACUUGGUUAUAUGAAAAAUAUAACUAAAUUAAAUGGAAGUGUUAUAACAGCAAAUGAAAGAGAAACAAGUGAACGAAGAUUUAUUCGUUAUUAUUCACAACGUGAUGAUAAACCACAACGAUAUUAUGAAUUAACUGAAAAACAUGGUAAUCUUAAACCAUUAGUUGAUAUUAAAAUUCGUGCACCCUAUUUAAUUAAUGUUCGACUUGUUUAUAAUCAAAUAACUCAUGAUAAAGAAAUUGAUGUACGACAAACUGUACAACAAUUUAAAAAAUAUCUUCAUGAAACUUUUAAAAUACCAUUAACACGUUUACGAGUUUUUUAUGUGGAUGAUGUUGCUUUUAAUAUGGGUGUUUGUGGACCGGAAGAACUCAAAUAUCCACAAAGAUUAUUACACACUUAUAACAUUCAUGAUGGAGAUCAAUUUCAUAUUGAUCUUAAACCAGAUCCACCAAAACCUCAAUAUUCAAAUCGAACAGUUGAUACUACCCGUCAUAAUAAGAAAUCUACUGAUAGCAAUUCAACGAAUUCAUCAACAUCAUCGGAUGAUGAUAAAACAAAUUUAUCAGUUGAAAUUUCACCAUUUUCAUUGGAUUCUUUACAAAAAUUAGCUGAAGAAGAAACUAUAAAUAAUAAUAAUAUUAAUCAAACAUCAAUUGAACUUGAUAAUCUCUAUCCAUCUACAGAUAAAAAUGUUCAAAUUAAAAUGAAUGAUGAAGAUGAUGAUUUAUUAUUAGCUGCUGCUGCUGCUGCUGCUUGUAAUAAUGUAAAAACAAAGUGA